AUGAACGGCAACCUGGGAAAGGCUUUCCAAGCCCUUCUAUGCCAACAUCUUGAGGAUGAAAAGUUCAAGAGCACCCUGCUAGGCCGGUUCACUCAUAUUAUAUUGGCCGCCCAGCGGGAGGUUAUGAUUCAGUGCGAUUUGUUCUACGACAUGACGACAUACAAGGGUGAGUAUGAUGCGAUCGUGGGAGGCCGCUGGUUCAAGAAGGCAGUCUUGGAGCGAUUGAAUCCUGUCCGAAACCCGAACGGUGUAAUUGAGCAAUGGCGGGUCGAGUUUUCAACCUCUGAUAUUGAACUGGUAGAUCGGGAAGGUGGACUUGAACAACUUUCCAAAUGCUUUUGCUUUAUGCGUCGUUAG